UAUAUUGCUUAGUGUCUAUUGCACAUUUUAAAUAUAUUGAUGUGAAACAAAUCAUUUUGAGUAAACGUUUGCCCAAUAAAUUUAAAUGAAAUGACUUCUGCAUUGUAUCUUGAACAUUAUUUAGAUGGUUUGGAGCAUCUGCCGAAUGAAUUACAGCGUAAUUUUACUCUAAUGAGAGAAUUAGAUUCGCGUGCACAAACUCUGAUGAAGAGCAUUGACGAAAAAGCCGAUGAGUUUAUGAAAACGCUGGUGAAAGACAAAGACUCCAUACCAGAGGAGGCUCGCAAAGAAAAAUUAAAAGCAAUCCAAGACAUGUUUAACAAAGCAAAGGAAUACGGUGACGACAAGGUACAAUUGGCUAUUCAAACAUAUGAAUUAGUGGACAAACAUAUUAGACGAUUGGAUUCGGAUUUGGCGCGUUUCGAAGGUGAAAUUCAAGAUAAAACAUUGACAGCUGCUAAGACAACAAAAACAGAUGAAUCAGCACCAAAACGUGGCCGGAAACGUAUUAAAGAUAUCAAAGUUCCAAUGAAUAAAAAGAAGCGUGCAGCGCCGAGUGCAUUGUCAUCGGAAGAGGAAUCGCGAGCAGAAACCGUUAAAACGCCGAAGAGCACCAAAAAGCAGAAGGUAAUUCAAGAAAAAGAGACUCGCAAAACUACAAAGAAAACAACAGAGACAGAGGAACCGAAAACAGAGCCGACUGGACAUACUACACCGCACCCGAGUGAUGUUCUUGAUAUGCCGGUUGAUCCAAAUGAACCGACCUAUUGUGUGUGCCAACAAGUAUCUUACGGUGAAAUGAUUGGCUGCGAUAAUACAGAUUGUCCGAUCGAAUGGUUCCACUUUGCUUGCGUUGGAUUAACUACAAAACCGAAGGGCAAAUGGUUUUGUCCGAAAUGUUCACAGGAUCGCAAGAAGAAAUAAACAAUGAACACAUCGAUCCACAAAUUAAAUUUGAUAAUUUGUAUUUUAAUUUUAUUUGCAUCACACGGACAAACACACAAACAUUUUCACACAUACGAUCACUCCUGUAUACAGGCAAAAACUCUUCAUACACAUUUAUGCAUAGUUUGAUGAAACAACAUAAUGUUCAACUGUAUCUAAAAUUAUUUGUUUAUAUGCAGUUUGAUUUCUUUUGUGAGCACCAUGUUGAGCAUUUAAUAGAAAAGUUGCAAACCUCUUCUGUUUUUUUUUCAAGAUUGAAGUCCAUCUGAAGAGGCAGCUAAACGCUAUUUACACUCUUCUUUCAAUUUUAUGUAUGCUGUGGAGCAAAAUACAUGAAUCGGACUCGAUGCUUCACGUCGUCUUUUAUUGAUACGCUCAAUGUACAAAAUCGAAACAGAAAUGCAGCUCAACAAAAGUUUAUUUAAAAAAAAAACGGAUUUUUUGCUUGGAUAUUGUGGUGGCUGCGCACAUUCACCUUCAACUCGCUUUAAAUCCUGUCGGAGUACAUUUCUUUAUGAAAUAAAAAAAAAACAAUGUUAACAUUUUCACAUAUUUGAAUACCAGUUACAAAGUAGCAUUAGCGCUGCCGAUUUACUAUUAUUUUUUUAUUAUGUAUGUUUGUUCCUUUUGUUUGUUUAUCGUUAUUGAAUCAACGAUCAAAAGUGCUGAAAAUUGAAAAUAGUGAAACGAUUUUCAAUGUUCAAAAUCCAAUAUUUGCCACGAGAAAUGAAAAAAAGAGUAAAAUAUUGUAUUAGCGUAUUUUAUACUUUAGUAUGUAAGACAAUAAAUCUCUCCUAGCAUUAGGAUGCAAACAAAUUCACCAUUUUUUUUGGUGACCUGACGACCAUCAACACGUAAACACACAGACACACAUACUCAACAGAUUUACACAAAUACAUACCAACAUUAACGAUUAAAACAGUUUUAUGAUUAAUUUCGUAAAUUUCUAUUAAAAACUAAUUAUUUACACAUAUUCGAUAAUCCAAUU